AGGAAAAUAAUAUAAAUGUAUUCACAGUUCAAUCAUGUUUUGUUUUUUUCCUCUUUUCCAGGAAACAAGACGAUGGAGGGAGUUGUGACCGGUGUUAACACAGUCGCCCAGAAGUCGACCGAACAGGCCAACGUUGUAGCGGACACUGCGGUCACCGGGGCCAACGAGGUCGCCCAGGCAACGGUGGAGGGGGUGGAGAACGCAGCUCUGGCCACCGGAUUCGUCACCAAGGAGGAGGAAGAACCAGUGUCUGAGGAGGCCAGCCUCCCAAAAACAGAAGCCGAGGGAGAACAGACUGAACAGGCUGCACAGUAGAAUCUCGUCUUUCUAGACCUGCAGCCACUUCCUGUUUCUUCCUGUCCAAUGAGCAACGAGAGAAGAGGAACCUUUACAUUUUAUCUGUCACUCAACGCUUUGACCUCUGACCCUCCUCAUCCACUGUGUGUAACCUAACCUCAUUAACCAAGAGAAACCCUCCUUCUCAACAUCAUCAUCUACCCUCCUGUUGCCAUGGUUACACUGCCUCAGCAUCAUAACUCCACACACUCACACAAACACUGAUGUCACUUUUUAACACUCUGAAUUGAAUCAGGUCGUACAAACUCAUGCUCUCAGCUGAUUGGUCUGUGUGGGAUGACAUCACCCACCAGGCCGAGAGUUCACAUGGCUAUGCCGCAAGUGUCCUACAAGCCACGCCCACCCCCUGUCAAUCACCAGACUGACUCCGCCCCUCCCCCGACAGACAGAUAUCUGAAGCCUUCUAAAUGCAUGUCGCUUUACUGACACACACUAAUAAUUAACCCUGUGAUUCACACACACACACACACACACACACACACACACACACACACACACACACACA